UAAGUAGGUUUCACACCCAGUACAAAGCCCAAUGCAGAGCUUGAACUCAUGACCCUGAGAUCAAGACUUGAGUUGAGAUCAAGGGGCACCUGGGUGGCUCAGUCACUUAAGUGUCCAACUUUUGCUUUUAGCUCAGGUCAUGAUCUUAUGGUUUGUGAGACUGAGCCCCAUGCGGGCUGACAGUGAGGAACCUGUUUGGGAUUCUCUCUCUCUGUCCCUCCUCCACUCACGUAAGUGUGUACAUGCCCUCUCUCUCUCUCUGAAAAUAAAUAAGUAAACAUUAAAAAAAAAAAAAAAAAGACCUGACCUGAGAUCAAGAGUAGGAUGCUUAACCAACUGAGCCACCCAGGUGCCCAACCACUAAUUUGAUUUCUGUCACCUUAGGUAAGUUUUGCCUCUUCUAGAAUUUCAUAUAAAUGACCUCAAACAGUUUGUAUUUUGUGUUUGGCUUCUUUGACUCAGCGUGUAAUUUUUGAAAUUUAUAUUGUUGCAGGCGUCAACAGUUUGUUCCUUUUUACAGGGGAGUAGUAUUCCAUUGGAUGCCCCUAGAAGCUUUUUUUAUCCAGUCUCCUCCUGAUGACUGUCUGGGCUGUUUCCAGGGCCGGGCUAUUGUGAUUACAGCUGCUAUGAACGUUCUUGGACAGGGCUUCUGUAGUAUAGCUUUUUUUUUUUUUUUUUUUUUUUUUUUUUUAAUCUCCUUUCAUUUGGAUAGGGCUCAGGAAGAAAGAGAAACACAUGCGGUCCACUUGUCAUGCUCGACUGGUCUGUCCUGAGUUAAUUCUUUUUUUUUUUUUUUUCUUUUUUAAAGAGAGAAAGAGAGAGAGCAAGCGGAGGAGGGACAGAAGGAGAGAGAAGGAGAGAAACCCAAGCAGGCUCCAUGCUCAGCCCAGAGCCUGACAGGGGGCUCACUAUCACGACGGUUGUCGCGUGACUCAAAGUCAGGACAAGUAUCAGGGGAUCUGUCCACUUCCUGCCUCAUACUCCCGCCUUUUCCCCGCUCUCAGCAUAGACUGCCCACCUCGGUGCUCCUGGCUGCCGUCCGGAGUUCAGAUUUGUUGGGGAAGGUCUUGGGCUGAAGGUUGGGGAAGGUGGCCCACAUCAGCUGGCUGGGCCUCUGGCAGACUCAAGGUUCUGAGCCUGGUCUGAGGGAUCUGCAGGCCCCGACUCUUGGGAGAGUCUGGUCUGUUUGCCCUCUCUGUGGAGGCUGGGGGGCAGCUGGAAUGGUCCUCAGUCAUAGACGCACGUACCUUUAGUCCCCCGGAGACCUUAGGAGCCUUCUGGUGCCACCUACAGGUAAGGAAACUGAGGCACAGAGAGAGGAGCAGUUCUGAGGAUGUCUGCACAGCUAAGGCUGGCUUCUCUCUUGGGCUCUGUUAGCUAGGGGACAUUUGCCACCUCUCCAUUCGCAGCAGCGCUGGAGUGCCCCCUUUAUUUCACCAUGUUGACAGCAUGUGUGCCUCUCCUGCUGCAAGAGGCGGGGGGGAGGGGGGCUCCAGGGAGCGCAGGGGCAGUGCCCGGUUCUCCGCGGCACCCGCCAAGAGUCAGGAGUGGCACAUGGCGUGUGCUCAGCAGAGUGUAGCGGCAUGGAUGGAGGGGGCGGACGGGCGGUGCCCCAGUUCUCCAAUUCUGCCAGAUCCAGCAGUCAGAGCGCUGAGCUAGGGAGCCAGUGGGGAGCCAGGGGACAGACAGCUCGGGUCUGUCCUGCCUGCCCUCGGGAACCCUAGGCCUUGUCUCCCACCCUAGCCCCCCUCCUUGACCUUGUUAAAAAGCCCCUGCUGAGGACAUGGUUGUGUGUGGUGUCUGGCAGGUAAUGCGCACCAAGAAACAGGUGCAUCUGUCACUGGCUUCUCUCUGCUCAUUCAUUCAUGCAUUCAUUCAUUCAUUCAGUGGAUCUCAGACAGAUGGGAAGACCCUUCCCCAGGUGUGAAGGACACGUACAAACAGAAGACCAAAUGCUCAGAGCAAGAGCAAGUGGGUCCCAAGAGUGCACCGGGGACCCCCAAGGCAGGGUCACCUCAUUCAAUCCCCUGCCUCAAGGCAGCAUAGGGUUAGGGAGGAAGACCUCCUGGUUUCCCACCACAGAGGCAGGGUCCAUCAGUCAGUCCUCAGCCUCAGGGAAAGAUCUGGCCCUUAGCCAGCUCCAGGCAGGCAUCCUCUGUGUCCCCUGUGCCCUGGCUAACAGCUGUAGAGUCCCCUCUGUGUUCCACCACCCGAACCAGGCCACUUUCUCUCAUUGCCUUCUCCCGCGUGCACUCUAGUUAUCCCCCAGAUGGGUCCGGUGGCCUGCUCCCUCGUGUCCCUGCCUCAGGCCACCCCGCAGAAGCUUGUCACCAAAUCCAGUCCACCCUUAGCUGAUUGAUGGUCCCCAAGGCCACUCCCCGCCAAACUCAAACUCAACUGUCCUCUCUGGACACCCCUUCCCUACUUCCCAGCUUCUAUAAGGCUAGUUAGACCCUCUUUCUGGGGUCCUUCUUCUCAACUUCAAAUUCCAGGCCAUACCAAUGUGCCUCCCAAGGCCUCCCUGAUCUACCCAGGUGGCUGUGAUGCUGCUUCCCCUGCCGGGACAGCCCAGGCCCAGAGCCCUUGGUCCUUCCUGUGGCCUGUUUCCCACAGGCUUGCCCUGUACCCUAAGUGCCCAUAGGCGUCCAAGAGGACUAUCUUUUUAUCUACAGAUUUAGCCAGCAAGAGGGACUGGAUGCACCCUGGGCAGGCUGUCAGCGCCUUGAGGCAGGCUGUCCUUUCCGGUCUGCUGCCUCCGGUAGGUUCUCGGUCAGCGCCCUUGAGUUAACGCACAAAUGAUUGAAGCUGUCCUCCAACCGGAAUGACCCACCCUGCCUGCAGGGAAAGAUCCACCCUGCCUGCGGGGAGGGCUCGGCUGGGGGCGCUUCCGGGGCCCUCGCUCCAGAUGGCAAGAGGCCGGGUCCCACCACUCGACUGGGGUCUCUGCUCCGCCCAGCUCGCGGGCGGGCGGCCGGGGAGGCGCCGGAAAGCGCUGAGUCACGUUCAGGGCACGUGGCCCCGGGGGAGCCCGGCCUUCCGGGCGCAUGGCUGCGGGAGCGCGCGGGCCGCCCGGGGAUUGGGGCUGCGGGGGCGCGCCCGAGGGGGCGGGGGAAUCACGGGCCGUCGGGGAGGGGCCGCCCGGCGCCCCCGCCCAGAGCAGCCCCGCCACCGGCGUCCUCGGGUGCCAGGAGCCGCGGGACCGAAAUACGGCGGGUGCCGGUGGCUGACGUUACCGUGCCCGCUGGCCCCGACCCCGCUCUGCGGACCGGUCUGGGGGAUAGGGGGAGGGGAGGCCCCGAACCCCUGCCCCGGCCGCCCCGUUUCUGCCCCUACCGCCCCCCCCCCCCCCCCCCCGCCCCGUGCCUUCCCGAGCCUUCCUCAUUUGUUGGCGUUCUCCCGGACUCCACGUUGCUGUCCUCAGUGGCUCCUCUCGCCGCCUCUUCUCCAUUUCCACCCAUCCACCUGCCCUUGGCCUCUCUCCUCCCUUUCUGUGCCUUCCCUGGACAUUCUCGCAGGUUCCAGGCAUACCCCCCCCCCCCCUCCCCGGAGCCGCGGAGAUGUCCAUGGGUGUCGGGCGCCCCCUGGCGACCCCCUGCGCCCGGCCUCGGGGGUGGGAGGAGACCUGGCACUCGCCCCCCAGGUCCCCUCUCGGCGGGAGGCGGAGGUGCAACUCCUGGGUUGGCGGGGAUCGCGCGCCCCCCAGGGGCCCCCGCGCACAGGGUUCCGGAAAGCUGAAGGCGGCGUCCCCAGAAAGGGACCUUGAGACAGAAGAUGCCCCAGGGAGAACAGGCUGGGGAAGGGGCAGGUGUUGCUACAAGCAGAGAGAGAGGGAAGGAAUGCCUCUUGAAUUUCCUCACGUGUUUUUCCGUAGAGCCUGCGCGGGGACGUGCUGGGAAGUCUGGUCUGAAAUGAAGCGGAGGGUAAAGGAGUGAGAGUUGUGCCAGGGGCAGAAAUGGGGAAUUGAGUCAGGAGUAAAGGGAUGCGGAGUGGCCCCCUGACCUUGGAGGCCCUGGAGCCAUGAAGAAUCAUCUGGCCUUUAGGGACUGGCCUCCUCAGCUGGCUCCCUGCUAGGCCUUGACCCUGGGAUCAGAAGCAAAUCCCUGCCGGUCCUCUAAGCCGAGCUGACCCGGAGCUUGAGUUUGAAAAGCAAACAGGUGAAUUUCCCUCAAGGGCUGGUCAUCCUCCAGAUCCACACAGUGGAGAGCCUCUUGUCUGGUGGCCAGUGUCAUGCCGGUGGCCAGGACUCUCCCGUGUCCGGGAGGCAAAAGUUCUCCAGGCCCGGGAACAGCACAGUGGCUGUGGCAUGGGCGGCCGGGAGUAGGGUGAUAGCCGGGUGCCUCUUUGACCCACUAUCCCACUUUGGGACCUGAAAGGCUCCUGGCCAAGCUGACUUCCGGAUCUCCCCAGUAACCCUGACUUAUCACCUCCAGGUGCACUAUCUUGCCGGGAUGUGGGCCUCCGGUCGUGGCCCCGGAGCGUCCGGCUAUCCCAGGAAGGUCAUUUACGUGUCUGUGUGUGAGCCAGCCCGCAAAAUCUUGAGCGGAAAGUGCAGCAUCUGCUUUCCGGGUCUGGGUCUGUCACCUUCUAGAAGCUUGGUUUCCUCUUCUGCAGGGGCACUAAUUACCACCCCUUCUCCCCCCCACAGUUUGUUGUGAGGACUCCAGGCGUAGCCAUUACAAGGGCUCAGCAUGGUGCUAGACACGUGGUGGUCCUCUCAUAUCACAGGCCUCCUCCCUGGCCUGGAAAUGCGGGAAAUGUCACUCCCAUGUCCCCUUAGCCAGCACCUGGUGGCUUCUGCUCUUUAAACAACCCGUCCAAUGUUUGGCACUCACGGCCUGGUUGAUUUCGCCUCCUUGAUCUUCAAGAAUGACUUCACCGGAUGGCACCAGCCAGACUGUUCCGGGUGCUGGCGGUGAUUCAGGACGGGUUUGGGGCAGACAGAAGGAGGUAGGGCGUUCUAAAGGUUCUGGAUAAGCCAACAAUUUGGAACUCAGAACAUAUUCCUGCCCCCCCCCCCCACCCCAGCUGUAUGGAGAUUUAGAACACAUGUCUAAGCAGUGGUAGCUGUAGAAACCUAUUUAAUUCCUAAUAUGCUCCGUUUACAGCCAGAAAGGCCAGCGAAGAGCCCGGUGGACACCGCUGAACGUUUCUUGAGCACCUGUUGUAUGCCAGGCCCUGUAUAUAUGCCGUGUCACUUAAUUCGAGCGGCGUGUUAUUCAGAGGGGACUUUAGCUUUAAGCAGCACAGCUAGUGGCUGGCGGGGCCGGGAGCAGGCUAGGCCUGUCUGCCCCCGAUGCAGGGCUCUCACUUCCCACUCUGCGGCAUCGUAGGUCCGGCGGUGAUGUCAACAGGAGUCAACCACCGCAUGGAACAUACUCCUUUGAUGCGUCCAAAGCCAGACUCCCACCUUCUGCACGGACCUCUCCCAAGACCUGCUCUGGGUAAGGUGACAAGGGGGAGUGGGAAGGCAGUGUGGGUCCAGAAAAGGGCAGGAGGGGGUAGGGAUUCGUCUCAGCCACGUCUCUGCCAGUGUUUCUGCUCCUCGUAGGUGGCUGUGAUUCCCAGGGCACAGAGGUUCACUGUUGCCUCACCAGGCACACCUGACUCUUCCCCACCCCAGCCCCCCGAUUCUCCACUCCCAGACACUCACCCACGAGCUUAUCUCCCCCCUUUGUUGCUCCCUCCAUGCCCUGCUUCGCCCUUGUCCUCUUGGAUUUAGCCAUGGUGCACUUGUUUAUUUGUUUAGCAUAGAUAUGUCCCUGUGUCUGACCAAGGCUGGGUGCUGGGUCCAUUAGAAGACCAGCCCAGGCCUUCCUGUCACAUGCCUGACACCAGCCCUGGAGGCCGAGCUUCCCUCUGGCUUUUGUCACUCAACUGUGAGGACCAGUUGAUUCUUGCCUGCCUUUGAGCUGCCCUCCACGGGACUCCCUGGGGCCUGGCCACUCCUCAGCCCUCCCUCUUGCCUGUGGGGCUCUUCCUGGUGGUGGGUCUUGCUCUCUGCUGGCCGCUUCACGGGCUCCACCAGGAAUUCUCUGGUCCCAGCUCUGGUCCAGACCCCCUUUCCAAGGUCACACUUUGCCUGCAGCCCUCAAGUGGGCAUAGGUCCCCUUGUGACCUCCCAGCCUCUUUGAAGACCUCCAUUCAACCAGUUUACUCAGGGGACAUUCGGUGGGCAAUUGUGAAAAUGAUUUUAAAGUUCAUUUUAAAAUAAA